GUUUGCAUUUCAGAUUUCGAAUUAGGUACAUGAAAGCAUUUGACUUUAAAGUUUCAAAAUUGAUAAGCAAAAUGAUAAUAAUUGAACUUGCUAUUGCGUAAGUUUAAUCAAGAGAUUUUUGAACCAAAAUUUGCUAACAAAACUUGCUUAACAGUUCUCUACAUUUUUUGUAGUUACUUGCACCAAACAAAGUUUUUACUUCAAAACUCGAAAGCAGUCCAAAAUAUGCGUCAAGUGGCUUCUGUUAUAUUCAUAUUCGUGUUUUCCAAUAUCGGAGCGGCAUUCAAGGCUGACGUCAGCAGUUGGGUCAGUUUAACUUACCCCCUCUCAGAGAAAACACCCGUCUACCCAGGGGUGUACGAUCCACUUCGAAUCAAUCCAGAAAAGUCCGCAGCGACAGACGAAUGGCCGGGAAUCCCCGCUGCAGACGGAACUUAUGUUGCAUUCCGUUUCAUUGAAAUGUAUGAACAUACUGGCACUCAUGUGGAUGCCCCCUCCCACUUCUGCAAAGGGUGCAAAGAUGAAGCUGACUUGACUUGGGAGGAGCUGACCGGACCCCUGGUUAUCAUCAAUGUCCGAGAAAUUGUGAAGAAUGCCAACAGUUCGAGCUUUCACUUGCAAGCUGAACACCUCCAUCCAUUUGUCGAACAUUAUGGACCAAUUGAAUCUGGCUCUUUUCUGUUCAUCAACACUGGCUGGGGAGAUUUUUACUGGACUGAUGGAGAAAAGUAUGCAAAGGAGCCAGCCUGUCUAGGAGAGAGUGCGGUGGAUUGGGUGCUGGAACAUGCACCGGAUAUUCUGGGACUCGGAAUUGACGCUCUGGCUCCAGAGUGUGGAGAUAACAAAUCUUUCCGCCUGCACACUACAAUGCUGCCACGGGGUCAACUGAUUGUGGAGAAUGUCAAGUCCAGUGGGAUGGAUCAACUGCCCCCCAAGGGCUCAUAUCUCAUGAUGUUCCCCAUGCACUUGAAGGGGGGCACCGGAAGUCCAGUUCGGAUGGUAGCUGUUAGAGAUUCCUCAGCUGCCCCUAGACUGUCUCUUCUUGCCUUAUUGUCUCUGUUCUUUAAUACAUUUGCGUCUUAUCUUAAGUAAAAACGACUCACAGUCUUGAAAUCAAACUUACUUCCUUGAGUUAUCAGAAUUGAUACAGAUCAGAGGACGAAAACUUGAGAUUUUUUGACACUCCUCUAUUUCGCAUUACGGAUAUCAUAAAGUGAAAAAGCCAAAAUCAACAAAUUGUAUGGUAACAUUAGGAUUUUGUCUUUAUCUUUGUGGUAAAUGAGAAAAAGGUGAAACUCCAAAAGUCGAGUUUGUCAUUUCGUCUUAAUGAUCAGGGGCGGUUUUAGGGGAGGGUUUAGAACGCGCUUCUCUCUGGGGUUCGACGCCCUCACCAACCAAAAGGUCUCCCUUUUGAUAUUAU